GUCCAACAAAAGAAUUUAACAAACUAAGUGCAGACCAAUUUUAGGUGUUAUCAAUCAUAUCUGAUAAUGACCGCGGCGAACGGCAACGUCGUCAAGGACGACGAAAAUCGCUUGUCACAUUAUAAAACGAAUAUUGUGUUGGGCGAAUCCUUUGCCUCCGCAGACAAAGAAAGCAAAAGCUUCCAACCGAAUAAAACGAAAAAGAAUUCCAAGCAUGACGAAUCAACCGAUAGCGCCGACGAUGACAAGCCAAAGGAAGACAUCAAGCCGGUGGGUUUCCUCACAAUGUUCCGCUAUGCAACAUCAAGGGAUCGCAUGCUCUACUUUAUCGGUCUGCUCUGCGCGGUGGCCACGGGCCUGACAACGCCGGCGAACAGCUUGAUCUUUGGAAAUCUGGCGAACGACAUGAUUUACUAUAGCGGGCUCUUGUCUGGCGCCACAUAUAUGAAAGAAUCGUCGGCUACCGAACUCCUCCAGGAAUCAGUGCAACAGUUUUCGCUGUACAACACCUAUAUUGGCAUCGUGAUGCUGUUCUGCAGUUACAUAUCCAUCACGGUUUUCAAUUAUGCGGCCCACUCUCAGAUAAUGAGCAUACGUUCCAAGUUUUUCAAAUCCGUGCUGCACCAAGACAUGACCUGGUACGAUAUCAAUCCGAGCGGAGAGGUUGCCAGCCGAAUGAAUGAGGAUCUGUCAAAAAUGGAGGAUGGUCUCGGCGAGAAAGUUGUCAUAUUUGUGCAUUACAUAGUCGCAUUCGUUGGAUCCAUUGUCCUGGCCUUUGUCAAGGGCUGGCAGCUGGCCCUCGUGUGCCUGACCAGCUUGCCGGUGACCUUUAUAGCCAUGGGCUUCGUGGCCGUGGCCACAUCCAAGCUGGCCAAACAGGAGGUCAACAUGUAUGCGGGUGCCGCCAUCGUCGCCGAGGAGGCCUUGUCCGGCGUGCGCACGGUCAAGGCGUUCGAGGGUGAAUACAAGGAGGUCGCCGCCUACAAGGCGAAAGUCGUUGCGGCCAAGGAGCUGAACAUCAAGCGCAAUAUGUUUUCCGGCAUUGGCUUCGGCCUUUUGUGGUUCUUCAUCUACGCCUCGUACGCCCUGGCUUUCUGGUAUGGCGUUGGCCUGGUUCUCAAGGGACGUGAAGACGUAUAUUAUGAAAACUAUACGCCCGGCACUAUGAUAACCGUGUUCUUCUCCAUCAUGAUGGGCUCGAUGAAUAUAGGCAUGGCGUCUCCGUAUAUUGAGGCAUUCGGCAUAGCCAAGGGUGCCUGCGCCAAGGUGUUCCACAUCAUUGAGCAGAUCCCAAUUAUUAAUCCGAUUGAGCCGCGCGGCCAGAGCCUCAACGAGCCGCUGACAACCAUCGAGUUCCGCGACGUCGAGUUCCAGUAUCCCACGCGCAAGGAGAUACCCAUUCUGCAGAAGCUCAACCUGCGAAUUCAUCGCGGCCAGACGGUGGCUCUGGUGGGCCCCUCGGGCUGUGGCAAGUCCACCUGCAUACAGCUGAUACAGCGCUUCUACGAUCCCCAAGGCGGUGAACUCUUCUUCAACGGCACAAACAUCAAGGACAUCAAUAUUAAUUGGCUGCGCGAGCGCAUCGGCGUGGUCGGCCAGGAGCCGGUGCUCUUCGGCCAGUCCAUAUACGAGAACAUACGCUAUGGUCGCGAGGAUGCCACCAAGGAGGAUAUCGAGGCGGCAGCCGCGGCAGCAAAUGCUGCCAUCUUCAUCAAGAAACUGCCCAAGGGCUACGACACGCUCGUGGGAGAGCGCGGAGCUCAAUUGUCCGGCGGCCAGAAACAACGCAUUGCCAUUGCCCGCGCUCUGAUCCGUGACCCGGAGAUUCUGUUGCUGGAUGAGGCCACCUCUGCGCUCGAUACGGCCAGCGAGUCAAAGGUGCAGGCCGCCCUGGAGAAGGUCAGCCAGGGACGCACCACCAUCAUUGUGGCCCAUCGUCUGUCCACGGUGCGGCGCGCCGACAAAAUCGUGGUGAUCAACAAUGGCCAGGUCGUCGAGGCCGGCACCCACCAGGAGCUGAUGAUGCUGAAGAACCACUACUUCAAUUUGGUGACCACGCAGAUGGGCGAUGACGACGGCAGCCUGCUCAGUCCCAGUGGCAACAUCUACAAGAACUUUGAUAUCAAGGAUGAGGACGAGGAGGAAAUCAAGAUAAUUCAGGACGACGUCGACGAUGAAGUGGCCCAGGUGGACAAAAAGAAGAAGACAAAGCGGGACAAAAACGAAGGCUCACCCAUGAGUGGCGUCAUGAAGCUGAACCAACCGGAAUGGAUGCAGAUCGCCAUCGGCUGCGUAUGCUCGAUCAUAAUGGGCUGUGCCAUGCCCAUUUUCGCGGUGCUCUUCGGCAGCAUUCUGCAAGUGCUGCAAUCCGAUGAUCCUGUAUACGUGCGGGACAACACCAACGAGUACAGCCUUUACUUCCUGAUCGCCGGCAUUGUCGUUGGCCUGUCCACCUUUAUGCAGAUCUACUUCUUCGGCGUGGCGGGCGAACGUCUCACGGAGCGCAUUCGGGGUCUCCUCUUCAGCAGCAUGCUGAAGCAGGAGGUUUCCUGGUUCGAUGAUCGUGCCAACGGCACGGGCAGUCUCUGUGCCCGACUGUCAGGCGAUGCAGCCGCCGUACAGGGCGCGACAGGUCAGCGUAUUGGCAGCAUCAUCCAAUCGAUCGCCACCCUGGUGCUGGGCAUCGCUCUGGCCAUGUACUACGAGUGGAGCCUGGGUCUCGUGGCCAUGGCAUUCAUACCCUUCAUUCUGGUCUCCUUUUAUUUGCAACGCACUGUCAUGGCGCAGGAGAACAUGGGCAAUGCCAAAAUCAUGGAGAACACAACGAAACUGGCCGUCGAGGUGGUCUCCAAUAUACGCACUGUGGUGUCCCUGGGCCGCGAGGACAUGUUCCAUAACAACUACAUUGAAAUGCUGACUCCAGCCGUUGAGAAAUCCAAGAAGAACACGCACUAUCGUGGCAUUGUCUAUGGUCUGGCGAGAUCCAUGAUGUUCUUUGCCUAUGCGGCCUGCAUGUCCUAUGGCGGUUGGUGUGUGGUCAAUCGGAAUCUGCCGUUCGGCGAUGUCUUCAAAGUAUCGCAGGCAUUGAUAAUGGGCACGGCAUCCAUUGCCAGCGCCUUGGCCUUCGCGCCCAACAUGCAAAAGGGCAUCAGUGCCGCCAAUACCAUAUUGAAAUUCCUGGAGCGCAAGCCGCUAAUUGCCGACAGUCCUGAUGUCUCCUUGAAGCCCUGGCACUCGAAGGGCAAUGUGCUCUUCGACAAGGUGGAAUUCAGCUAUCCCACGCGUCUGGAAGUCCAGGUGCUCCGCGGCCUAAUUCUGGCAGUGCAAACGGGCCAAAAGGUGGCUUUGGUGGGUCCAUCCGGCUGCGGCAAGUCCACGUGCAUUCAGCUACUGCAACGUUUCUACGAUGUGGACGCUGGUGCUGUCCGGAUCGAUGAUCAGGAUCUCCGACAAUUGGCCAUUUCGAAUCUGCGCAUGCAGCUGGGCAUUGUCUCGCAGGAGCCGAUACUAUUCGAUCGUAGCAUUCGCGAAAAUAUUGCAUAUGGUGACAAUUCCAGAAUAGUCACGGAUCAGGAGAUCAUAGCGGCGGCCAAGAAGUCCAACAUACAUAGCUUCAUUGCCAACCUGCCGCUGGGCUAUGAAACACGUAUGGGCGAGAAGGGCACACAGUUAUCCGGAGGACAGAAACAGCGUAUUGCCAUUGCUCGAGCCCUUAUCAGAAAUCCGAAAAUUCUCCUGCUGGAUGAGGCCACAUCCGCAUUGGAUGCGGAAAGUGAGAAGAUCGUUCAAGAGGCAUUGGAUGCGGCCGCCGAAGGACGCACCACAAUUAGCAUAGCCCACAGAUUAUCGACCAUUGUCGACUCGGAUAUUAUCUAUGUGUUCGAGAAUGGAGUCGUCUGUGAGAGCGGCACCCACAAAGAACUGCUCCAGAACCGUGGACUCUACUAUACAUUGUACAAACUGCAAACAGGCGCCAUGUAAAUGGCACUCUAGGCUAACGAAUUUCGAUCAAUGACAACCUAGGAUCUAAGCGCGACUAGUAUUAUACUGUAAAUAAAACAGACACAUCUAAUUCGAUAGGAACAUUUUAGCACAUAAGAAAUCAAAACAUAUUUAUGAAUUUACCGACAUUGUUGGGCACAUUUUAAACUCAAUAAAUUUUGUAAAAAUUAAAUUCUAAUAAGCAGGAGGCGUGCAGUCGCUUACAGUCACAGUAGAAGAACUUUUGCUCUAAGGAAGUAACUGUCAAACUAUAAUUUAAAAGUUGGAUUAAAUUUGGUAACUCCUACUUUGGAGUUAUUUUUUGAGCGAUCCCUGCACGUAAUCAAUAUUCUCUAACAAAAAACCCUGAGAACAGAGUAUAAAAAUGUUAAAAUAACAUGCGACCGUUAAUGAUAUUAACAUUGGCAUUAUUAACAUUUACAUAAUCUUAACAUUAACAUGAAUCAUUCUUUGAUUGGGACCCAAACGCGAUCUGAAAGUAAUUUCUAAAUGCGAAUCAGCUUUAUUUAAGAUACUGAUCACGGUAGCGUAUAGGUAAUUAUUCACCUGGAUUAUAAUAAAUAUUAAUUAAAAUGUCACGAAUUUAAAUCAAAACCAUGUUAAUUGACAAAACAUUUGAGUUUUUAACCCGGUCCCUUACAUAUGUUUGCUUUAAUUAUAUUUUCCAUAACACACCAGUCUUUGAUAAGAUAACGAAUAAAUAUGGACAUAUAGAUAACCUAUUGUAUUGUUAAGCCGGCAAAUGGCAAAAUUAUAGGGCAUAAAACAUUCUAUAAUGUCAAGUCAGUUUGUGUGCCAAACUGCAUCAAUUCCGACAGCUCUUUGUUUCCAUUUUACUUUACUUUUAAUGUCGCCCUUGAAAGUCAAAAUCCCUCCUGGCAUACAGAUGAAACACAGAAGUUUUUUAAAAAUCAAUAUUUAAUUGCUAGACAAAAUGAAGCACAGCUUAUUUAGUUACAGAAAUUUGUUCAAAUAUAUAUUACGACCACUCAGAGCUGCAUACAGGGCAUCUGCUAGUCGGGCACUCUCUUGUUUAAUACACUCAUAAUUCGAAUUGUACAAGUAGUAAAACAUUUGUAUGUUCAAAUUGUAAAUAAUAUUUUUGCUCAUGUAUAUUUAAAGUUUACAUAUGUAUUGCGACUGUGAUUGCAUUUUACCCAGUCAACUUUUUGGUUAUCCACUGGAAACCAAAUAAAAAUUUUGCUUAAAUUAUGACUUCCGAUCUGCCAACGUGCCAUUGUCUCAUGUGGUUUUUGUAAGAUUUUGGCUUGUGCUGCCUGUGCUCGUUAUUGUACAACUAAAACUAGUUUAAAAUAAACGUAAAGUAAAAAUAAGGAAAAUCUUACAGUAAGCACAACACAA